AUGGCUCUCUACUCUAAACUUUCCCUGAACGUCCCGUUUGACGCAGCCGUCUGGGCACUCGCCUCCGCAGCAUUGUGGGGCUGCCGCCGUCUGGGAGAACUCACCAUCCCUUCCAUCCAGGGCUUUGACCCACUCCGCCACGUUGCCCGCAGCGCUGAAAUUAAACGUGUCAAGCACGGCAACUCUUACACGUCUUCGUUCCACAUCCCAUGGACCAAAUCCACCCAAGAACGCGGCGGAACGGUGAUCCUCACAGACCGCGAAGACGAGCUCUGCCCGGCUGUGGCCUUGCAGAACCACCUCACCCCCGGUGGCCGCUGGCUCCCAAUGACGAAAGAUUGGUUCCUUACACGCUGCACGGACAUCUGGAAGAGCUGCGGCCUUUUGGCGGUCGCGGGGCACAGCUUCCGGAUUGGUGGAUCCACCGAGCUUCUGCUGGCGGGCGUCCCGUGCGAAGUCGUGGCGGCCACCGGCGGGUGGUCUUCCCUCGCUUUCCUUCUCUACUGGCGCAAACUCGAACACAUCAUUGCGAUGGCUAUCGGAAAGGCAUACGACAAGAAGAAGAUUGAAGAAGUUGCUUUGGUGUUCGAACGUUUCCGAGUCGACAACAACAUCCAAUUAGCCCACGACGAAGAUUUGUAA